CAAACACAUGCGCACUUCAGUCACCCUAAUUUUACUACAGAUAUUAUAUACUUCAACCAAGAAGCUAGACAGGGCUUGAGAACGUUCUGAUCGAGAUGAUGGGGAUCCCUUCAGCCUUUCUUGCCCUUCUGCUUCUCCAAUGCACGUUCCUUCCCUUGGCUCAAGCCUUCGUCCAUUACCAUGACUUUAUUCUGAAGGAGACCAACUUUACGAGGUUGUGCCUCAGCAAGAGCUUGUUGGUCGUCAAUGGAAGUCUUCCAGGCCCAGUGAUUCGUGUAACAAAAGGCGAUACUGUGUUUGUAAAUGUCCAUAAUCAAGGAGACUAUGGUGUUACUAUUCAUUGGCAUGGAGUGCAUCAACCAAGGAACCCAUGGUCAGAUGGGCCAGAGUACAUCACACAGUGCCCAAUAGAAGCGGGUUCAAACUUCACUUACGAGAUCAGAUUUUCGGACGAGGAAGGAACCCUUUGGUGGCAUGCCCACAGUGACUGGACUCGAGCUGGUGUCCAUGGUGCCAUUGUUGCCUUGCCCAAUGAGGAAACCGGUUUUCCCUUUCCCCAGCCCGAUGGAGAAGAAAUUGUCGUUCUCGGAUCUUGGUAUAAGGGUGACGUGAACAAAGAAGUUGCUGAGGACCUCGACGACGGUGCCGACGUUCCUCGCUCAGAUUGUUACAUUAUCAAUGGCCAACCGGGAGAUUUCUUGCCAUGCUCUAACGACAGUACAUACCGUUGGCAGGUAGAAUAUGGGAAGACCUAUCUUCUUCGUCUAGUGAAUGCAGCCAUGAACGCAGAGCUGUAUUUUGCGAUUGCCCAACAUACCCUCACCUUGGUAGGAAUGGAUGGGUCGUACGUCAAACCCGUGGUCACCAGUUAUCUGAUGAUAGCCCCGGGACAAACAAUGGAUAUUUUGGUGACAGCAGACCAGCCUCCUUACCGCUAUUACAUGGCCGCCAGACAGUACGACAGCGUUCGGCCGGAUGACACAGACUACGACCAAACAAAUGCCACCGCAAUUCUUGAAUAUAGCGGCGGCGGCUAUGAUCCCUCCGCAAGCCCCAUUUUCCCCAGCAGCCUUCCAAGCUACGAGGAGUUCAUCCCUGCAUUAAACUUCACGAGCCGGCUUAGGAGCUUAGCCGACCAAGCCCACCCGGUCAAUGUCCCCAAAAACAUAACCACCAGAAUGUAUAUAACGGCUUCUAUGAACAACGUUGUCUUCGACAAGGAGGGAACAACCGAAACCGAUCUUUCUUCCAGCUUAAACAACGUCAGCUGGGUUAACCCCUCCACAGAUGUACUGCUUGCCUACUACAGCAACAUGAGUGGGUUUUACACCACAGAUUUUCCCGACUACCCACCAUCUCUUUACAACUUCACGGCAGAUACGGUGCCGGAUUAUGCCACAAAGACUGUCCAAGGGACGAAGGUGAAGGUGCUCAACUAUAACGAGGAGGUGGAGAUAGUGUUUCAGGGAACCAAUGUGCUUGACGCGUCGGAGGAUCAUCCGAUGCACCUCCAUGGCUACACCUUUUAUGUAGUCGGGUCGGGUUAUGGGAACUUCGAUAACGUGACUGACCCAACAGGCUACAAUUUGAUUGAUCCUCCUAAGAUGAACACCGUCUCGCUGCCCAAGAAAGGAUGGACUGCCAUUAGAUUCAAAGCAAGUAAUCCUGGAGUGUGGCUAUGGCAUUGCCAUUUGGAUCGACAUCUGAGCUGGGGCAUGAACACUGUGUUUAUAGUAAAAAAUGGCGGCACCCCUGAGACGAGCAUCAUCGAGCGCCCUACUUACAUGCCUCCAUGUACGGCCGGUUCAUCAAACAUUAGGCUCCUACAUGUUGGGAAAUCACAUGAUGAAAAUAAAGUAGACAGGAUUAAUUAAUUAUUAGUUGGACAGCUAGCCCUUAGAUGAAGUUUUUGUUUUAUUUAUUUAUUACAUCAAGGAGAGGCCCUAGUUUUCAAUAAUAAAAAGACUUUUAUUGUAAAACAAUUGAAUUACUUACGAUCAUGAUUACUUAUGAUUAUAAUUAAUUACUAU